AUGUCUUACCUCUACAGCCAUUGUGGUUGUCCGGUGACUUCACCACUCACACCUUCAUUGGCCACCACCUGUGGUGGAAGCGCCUAUGCACUUUUCAUGGGUGUCCUUGAAGUAUUCCUGCUCUCGCAAUGCGAUAUCGAGGAUCCCUGUGGUCGUGCCACGCCAAGAUUCCGUUCCGAGCCCGAUAGUACGUAUGAUUUUGUUGUGAUUGGUGGCGGUACUGCUGGUUCGGCUGUUGCUGCGCGGCUCUCCGAAGUACCGCAGUGGACAGUUUUGCUCGUCGAAGCAGGUGACGAUGAACCUAUUGGAACACAAGUACCAUCAGCUUACUUAAAUUUCUUUGGCAGUGGAAUUGACUACAACUAUACAACUCAACCGGAGAAGGUAGCAUGCCUCGGAUAUACGAACCAGCGGUGCUCUUGGCCGCGUGGCAAAGUAUUGGGUGGCACAUCGGUGGUGAAUGGCAUGACGUACAAUCGCGGUAAUCGUGAGGACUAUAACUAUUGGGCAUCUUUGGGUAAUGCCGGUUGGUCGUACGAGGAAAUAUUGCCGUACUUUAAGAAAUCCGAAAAUAAUUUGCAAAUUAAUCAGGUUGGUAGGGAUUUUCAUGCUACCGGUGGACCACUACCUGUUUCAUUUUUCCCCUACACUCCACCAUUGUCAUAUGCGAUAUUGGAGGCUGGAGCACAAAUGGGCUAUGGCAUACAUAAUUUGAAUGGUGACAAUGCCACCGGCUUCAUGCAAACACAGAUGGCCUCUCGCGAUGGCAUUCGCUUUAGUGCUGCACGCGCAUUCUUGCGUCCCGCACGAAACCGUAAUAACCUACACAUUCUACUUAAAACCACUGCUUCCAGAGUGCUCUUCGAACCGAAUAGUAAAACCGUUGCUGGCGUCGAAUUAAUCGAUAAGAAUAACCGUACUUUCACGGUAUCCGUAAGGAACGAGGUGGUCGUUAGCGCAGGCGCCUUGGACUCACCAAAAGUACUAUUGCUUAGCGGUAUUGGACCAGCUGACGAACUAGAACAAGUCAACGUGACUUCAGUACACAAUCUACCCGGUGUUGGUAAAAAUCUACACAAUCAUGUUUCCUAUUAUGUAAACUUCUUUGUUAACGAAACCGAUGCUAACCCUUUAAACUGGGCAACUGCAAUGGAAUAUCUGCUUUUCCGCAAUGGUAUGCUGUCUGGCACUGGUAUUGCUGAUAUUACUGCCAAAUUUAGCAGCAACCACGCCGAUCCAUCAAGAGGACCCGAUGUGCAACUCUUAUUCGGUGGCUACACAGCUAGUUGCUCCGCUACCGGUGCAAUUGGUGAGCUGCUAUCGAAUGGCUCGCGCUCCGUGAAUAUUAUUCCCGCCGUAUUGCAACCGAAAUCACGUGGUUCCGUUACACUUGCUUCCAAUGAUCCGCUUGCCGAUCCAAUUUUUGUCGCCAACUACUUAUCCGAGGAUCAUGAUGUCGUAACGCUUGUUGAUGCCAUUAAGUUUGUCAUACGUUUGUCGGAAAUGCCAGCGCUUCAAAAGUUCAACUUCACCCUGAAUAAGACCCCAGUAACACAAUGUGCAUCGAUCGACUACGGCACUGAUGAGUACUGGGAGUGCGCUAUACGCUAUCGCACCGGCCCCGAGAACCAUCACGGCGGCUCCUGUAAAAUGGGUCCAGAAAACGAUACAUUGGCUGUGGUAGACAAUGAGUUGCGCGUGUAUGGCGUGAAGGGUCUUCGUGUUAUGGACACAUCCAUUAUGCCUACCAUAACUUCG